CGGAGAGAUAGGAUUGUGUCUCCUAGGAACGGAUUGGCAGGUGGUCAUUGACAGGUCCUGGUUUCUGAAGGGAGCCUGAAUUAGCUAGAGUGGAUGCGGUGGGGAGGAUGUGUUGCGUUGAAUGUCCGUUGGCUUGAGGAAAGAGGCCACCGCCCAGGUCUGAUGUAUGGGACCCUUGCUCUUCGGCUGUCUUCGGCAUCAUUAUCUUCAUCUUGUUUUCCUUCUCCGUCUUACCCGCCUUCUUCUUCAUGCUCUAUGCCUUCAUCUUCCGUGUCGUCUUCUCCUGCGUCUUCCGCGUUUUCGCCCUCUACUUCUUCGUUCUCUUGUUCCAAUUGGGGCGCCUCUCACCAACCGGGUUUCGGCAUCCUGGCCCUCAAGGCCUUCACUUUUCUUUUGAGGUGCCAAUUCCUUGAUCUGGCGGUUAUGACACUGUGGAUGAGAAGGGAAUUCCUGACCACGAUAACGUGGGUACGAUGAAGUGCCUCUUCUCUCCAUUCGGCAAAGUCCCAGACGGGGGAUUCAGGGAUAGGAGCGAACAGAGUACCUCUUCGUAGCUAGAAGCCGGCGCUCACCAAACGUAGCGACACACAUU